UUUCAUAUAGCAGAGUUUCCCUGCAGGGGCUGACACAGGGCCCUUUUCUCAUCAACAGCCUGGUGAGCAUUUUGUAAACAAAAUUAAAUCACUUGAAAGGGAGAUGCCUCCGGUACCCUGGAGGUCUUUGGUGACCGCGAUCUCAGCCUGUGUUUUGAACUUGCCUCGAUCAGCAAGAGCUCUUGUGAGGUGGAAGGGACGGCUGGCAGCCGCAGCUGGCGCGACUCCAGCGAAGGCAAAUCGCCGGCGAGGAGCCGAUGGAAGUCACCAAACUCCCCCCUUUUCCUCCGUCCCUUUCGCGAGCGCCAUGAGCGCGGCUCCCGGGGCCACCCUCAGCACCGCGCCAGGCCGGGCAAGGCAAGGAAUCGCGGCUUCAUCCUGCCCGUGUGGGGCAGGAGCGGCUCCGGGGAGACAGCUCUGCCCCCUCAGUGUGCAAACGGAAGGAAGGAACAGGAAAAGGGGAGGAAAAUGGAGAGGAAGAGGAGCGGGAAGAUGAAGAGAAGCGGGGAGAGGAAGCGGCUCCUCAACGCGUCCUCCCUCCCUCAGCGCGGUUUCCCGCCCACUUCCGGCCGCCCCCGCGCGCCGCGAUGACGCACUUCCUCCCGCCAGCGCCGCUCCCCCGCCCCCGGGCCGGAGCUGCAGCCGCCAUUUUGCCGCUCUCUCGCUGCCGCUCUCCGGGCGCGGCGGCUGCGGCCGGAGGAGCGUUUCUAAGAGGCUUUAACCCGCUCGGGGCUCCGCGGCCCAGCCCGGUUUGGACGCGCCAUGUCCGGAGAGGGAACUGCCGGUGAUCAGACUGCGGAAUAUGUCCCAGAAAAAGUGAAGAAAGCUGAAAAGAAACUAGAAGAAAACCCAUAUGACCUUGACGCUUGGAGCAUUCUCAUUCGAGAGGCACAGAAUCAGCCUAUAGACAAAGCACGGAAGACCUAUGAACGCCUUGUUGCCCAGUUCCCCAGUUCUGGCAGAUUCUGGAAACUGUACAUUGAAGCAGAGAUUAAAGCAAAAAAUUAUGACAAAGUGGAAAAGUUAUUUCAGCGCUGCCUUAUGAAGGUUUUACACAUUGAUUUAUGGAAAUGUUACCUUUCCUAUGUACGAGAAACCAAGGGGAAGCUACCUAGUUACAAAGAAAAAAUGGCUCAGGCAUAUGAUUUUGCUCUGGAUAAGAUUGGCAUGGAAAUCAUGUCAUACCAGAUCUGGGUGGAUUACAUCAAUUUUUUGAAAGGCGUAGAAGCAGUAGGAUCUUAUGCAGAAAACCAGAGGAUCACAGCUGUCCGUAGGGUUUACCAGCGUGGUUGUGUGAACCCCAUGAUAAACAUAGAGCAGCUCUGGAGAGAUUAUAACAAAUACGAAGAGGGCAUCAAUAUUCACUUAGCCAAGAAGAUGAUCGAGGACAGGAGUAGAGAUUAUAUGAAUGCACGACGUGUGGCAAAGGAAUACGAGACAGUGAUGAAGGGCCUGGACCGCAACGCUCCCUCCGUCCCCCCACAAAACACCCCCCAAGAGGCUCAGCAGGUGGACAUGUGGAAGAAAUACAUCCAGUGGGAAAAGAGCAACCCUCUACGAACAGAAGAUCAAACUCUCAUAACCAAAAGAGUGAUGUUUGCCUAUGAGCAGUGUCUCCUGGUGCUGGGCCAUCACCCAGACAUCUGGUAUGAAGCAGCUCAGUACCUCGAGCAGUCCAGCAAGCUGCUGGCUGAGAAAGGGGACAUGAACAAUGCUAAACUUUUCAGUGAUGAGGCUGCUAAUAUUUAUGAAAGAGCGAUCAGCACUUUAUUAAAGAAGAAUAUGCUUCUUUAUUUUGCAUAUGCAGAUUAUGAAGAGAGCCGGAUGAAGUAUGAGAAAGUGCACAGCAUCUACAACCGGCUCCUGGCUAUCGAGGACAUCGAUCCCACGCUGGUUUAUAUCCAGUACAUGAAAUUUGCAAGGCGAGCAGAAGGCAUUAAAUCCGGAAGGACGAUAUUUAAGAAAGCCAGAGAGGAUGCCCGGACCCGCCACCAUGUCUAUGUUACUGCAGCUUUAAUGGAGUAUUAUUGUAGUAAGGAUAAGUCUGUGGCCUUUAAGAUUUUUGAGCUAGGGCUGAAAAAAUAUGGGGACAUUCCAGAAUAUGUACUGGCAUAUAUCGACUACCUUUCCCACCUUAAUGAGGACAACAAUACAAGAGUUUUGUUUGAACGUGUUUUAACUUCAGGGAGCCUUCCACCUGAGAAAUCUGGGGAAAUCUGGGCUCGGUUUUUAGCCUUUGAAAGUAACAUUGGGGAUCUGGCCAGCAUCCUGAAAGUGGAAAAACGGAGGUUUACAGCGUUCAAGGAAGAAUAUGAGGGCAAAGAAACAGCUCUGCUGGUGGACAGGUACAAGUUCAUGGAUCUGUACCCCUGCUCUACCAGCGAGCUGAAGGCCCUUGGUUAUAAGGAUGUCUCCCGUGCCAAGCUAGCAGCAAUAAUUCCAGACCCUGUGGUUGCACCUUCCAUCGUGCCUGUUCUCAAGGAUGAAGUCGACAGGAAACCUGAAUAUCCCAAACCAGACACUCAGCAGAUGAUUCCAUUUCAGCCAAGGCACUUAGCACCUCCAGGUUUACAUCCUGUCCCGGGCGGGGUAUUUCCUGUUCCACCAGCAGCUGUAGUUCUCAUGAAGCUCCUGCCACCUCCUAUUUGUUUUCAGGGUCCCUUUGUUCAAGUGGAUGAGCUCAUGGAGAUAUUCAGAAGAUGCAAACUGCCAGACACUGUUGACGAAGCCGUACGGAUCAUCACGGGCGGCCUGCCUGAAAUAGCUGUGGAAGGCAAUGGACCUGUGGAAAACAACACCAUUCUCAACAAGGCUGUGAAGAGAUCACAUGAGGAUUCUGAUGACGAUGAGGAGAAAGGAUCUGUAGUUCCCCCUGUACAUGACAUUUACAGAGCACGACAGCAAAAGAGAAUCCGGUGAAACAAGUUUGGAGUUCUGCUGUGACAGACAAAGACUUGCAUUGAAUCAGUCUCUUAAAAGUCAAGCAUUUAAAAGGGACAGCUGCAAACAAAAAAAUCCUUGAAAAUGGUUUUGUUACUGUGGUGCCUCUUCUCCCAUAUGGUUCUUGAUCCGAAAACAGCCCGAACAACCUUAGAAUGUGCUCUGAACAAAACUCGGUUUUCAAAACCAAAAGUGCAAAAUGUCAAAACUGUAUUUUGUUCUUCAAGGGUGUACACAUCUACCACUUGAACUCUUGUGGGUUUUCAACAGUUUUAUUUUAAAAACUGGAUGGCUUAUACUUGUGAAGCAUUUUUAAUUCAAAUUUUUCUGGAAAACAGUUGUUCUCAGUUUGUUCAUGUAGUGUCCUGCCUUAUUGUUCGUUUUUAUUUAUGGCAGAAUGUAAGGAAUCUGUUUUGUAGUUGAAAAUUGAAAAAAAAAAAAAACAAUAACAAAACACCAUUCCUUUAAAAUAAAAGGAUAUCCAUAACA